AUGAACGUCACGACGUUCUCCGCCUGCGCCUCGAGCUGCGCCAAUGGCAGCCUCGCCUUGGCUGGCCAGACGAGCGCCCUGUGUGUGGACGCCCCGCUGCUCAACUGCUCUGGACCGCUACAGCCACCCGGGUGGGCGGCGUGUCUGGACUGUAGAAGCGCUUCUGGCUGCGGCUCUGGCUCUGGAACUGGAAGUGGAUGCCACAACGCACCGUGUGCCGCCUCUUCCAGAUGCCUGCAGGCCUGCUGGGACCUGCACUGCCAACAGGAAGGAUGGCGGCUGCCGGAGGAGGCUGCGUCAGGUGACGGUACGGGGAUGUCGCCGGGGGUGCAGCCGAUGCCACAGGCGGCGGGGGCUUCGCUGCUGCUGUGGGCCGAGGGCGGUGCGCUGCUGCUGCUCAUAGCCCUCACCGUGGGCGGCAACCUGCUGGUGGUGUGUGCGGUGGCGAGGUCGCCCACGCUGCGGCUGCCGACCCACGCGCUCGUUGCUAACCUGGCCGUGGCGGACCUCCUGCUGGGCACCGCGGUGCUGCCGCUCUCUGCCGCCAGGGAGCUCUGGGGUGCGUGGCCGCUGGGCGCCGCCCUCUGCACCACGUGGACGGCCCUGGACGUCCUCUGCUGCACGGCCUCCAUACUCUCGCUCUGCGCCAUCUCGGUGGACCGGUACGUGGGCGUGUCGCGGCCGCUGUCGUACGGCCGCAUCCUGACGCGGCGGCGCGUGCGCGCGCUGAUCGCCGCCACGUGGCUGCUGGCGCUGGCCAUCAGCGUGGCGCAGCCGCUGGGCUGGCGCGAGGGCGACGCCUCCGGCGGCGGCAGCGGCAGCGGCAGCGGCAGCGGCGAGUGCCACGUCAACAAGCAGCUGGGCUACGUCAUCUUCUCGGCGGCCGGCUCCUUCUACCUCCCCGCGCUCGUCAUCCUGGCGCUGUACGCGCUCGUGUACCGCGCCGCCUCCCGCCACGAGGCCUUCCUGCAGGCCGGCCAGCGCACCACCCGCUCCGCCGUGACGCUGCGCGUCCACCUGGGCGCGCCCGGCUCGCGCAGGGGCACCCUCGCCGCCCACGACGCCGCCGACGGCAAGGUAGGCCGGCUGCCCUCCUCACUCAUCAUUUUAAAUAUGAACAUUUCUUGUAAUACCGCAAAGCAACCACGGUUAUUCUUCGAGCGUUCAUUCACUGAUAUGGAUUUUGAGUUCAUUCACUGA